CGCAGCUAUCAACCAAUCAGCGACAGCGGACAUUGCUGGCAUAUGAGUCCAUUUUAAGCCUGACAGGCAGAGUUACGAUUUGCCCGCAUAGUUUACUCGGAUUGGCCUCAGUUAUGACCUCCAAAACUGAGUAAGCGUCAUGUCUAUUGGCUGGUCAGAGGGGAGUCGAGAGGAGAGGAGGAGACGAACUGAAGAAAAACAAAGAUGGCUGCACGGUCUGAGUGUCGUCAAGAAGAGUCGCAGUAGAGAUUGAAGCGUCGAAGCUGGUGUGAUCUAUGCGAGCUCGGCAGAUGUUGGGUGGCAAAAGAAUUUCGGUCGAGUCGCUUCGGCAGAACCCUGCAGAGCCGCUCGGAAGGCUGCUUCAAUGAGGGAGAAGACACGACAUACAGUCGAAGGGUUGUUUUGUUUCUAACUGAACAAAAAUACUAAACAUUCUUUACGAUAGUAACAUCAAAUCAAUUCACCCAUUUUACUACACAAUCCCCUUUCAGCACUGUCACAUAUAAUUUAUUAUUAUUAUUAUUAUUAUUAUUAUUAUUAUUAUUAUUAUUAACAUUUAAUCUAACAAGAGAAACAAAUAACAUUUUGCUGGUUAGUUAAUUGCACGAUACAGUGCCACUGACCGUGAUACAAAUCGGACAGACAGACUGAUCUCCGAUGUCAACUUUAGAGGAGCGCGGCGAAGUGGGGGUCCCGGUGGCCACUGCCCCGAGCUCCUCCUCGGCCGGGCUCGGUGUCGGUGCCGCGGGUGCUGGUCUGGAGGCUGGUCCCGGGAUGCCAGGCGGACAGGAGGAGGCCGGAAUACGGAGAGAGGGAGCCGGUCAGGAGCCAGACCCAGACGCGCCACCCAAGAAGCGGGUGAGGCUGCUGCAGGAGGGCGAGGCAUGCAAGCUGGAGGAGAGACUUUACGCUGUGCUGUGCUGCACUGUGUGUUUGGACUUGCCAAAGGCGUCUGUCUACCAGACUGACUGCAACGUGUGUGUGGACCUGCCUAUGUCAUCCUUCUAUCAGUGUACGAACGGACACCUGAUGUGUGCGGGCUGCUUCAUUCACCUGCUGGCUGAUGCACGUCUGAAGGAGGAACAGGCCACCUGCCCCAACUGCCGCUGUGAGAUUAGCAAGAGCCUGUGCUGCCGCAACCUGGCAGUGGAGAAAGCUGUGAGCGAGCUGCCCUUUGAGUGCAACUUCUGUCUCAAACAGUUCCCCCGCAGCGUGCUGGAGAGGCACCAGAAAGAGGAGUGCCAGGACAGAGUGACAGUGUGCAAGUAUAAGCGGAUUGGCUGUCCCUGGAAGGGCCCCUUUCAUGAGCUGACAGUCCACGAGGCGGAGUGCUGUCAUCCAACCAAGACUGGCAACGAGCUGAUGGGCAUCCUGGACGAGAUGGACCAGUCCCACCGGAAAGAGAUGCAGCUCUACAGUGGCAUCUUCAGUCUGCUGUGCUUUGAGAAGAUUGGCUUCACAGAGGUGCAGUUCCGGCCCUAUCGUACGGAUGACUUCAUCACGCGCUUGUACUACGAGACUCCACGCUUUACAGUGCUGAACCAGACAUGGGUCCUGAAGGCUCGCGUGAACGACUCGGAGCGAAACCCCAAUCUGUCCUGUAAGCGCACCCUGUCCUUCCAGCUGAUCCUUAAGAGCAAGAUCAACUCAGCGCUGGAGUGCUCCUACCUGCUGCUCAAGGGACCCUACGAUGAUGUCAAGAUCAAGCCAGUGAUCUAUCACUAUGUCUUCAGCAAUGAUGCCAAUGAGACUGACUACAUGCCCCUGCCCAUCAUCGACUCUAUCGAAUGCAACAAACUGCUUGCUGCCAAGAACAUCAACCUGAGGCUCUUCAUUUUCCAGAUACAGAAAUAAAGACAAGACAGGGAGUCUUAGAAAGCACCACUGAACCAUAGUUACCUCUAAAGAAGCAAGCAGCAGAUAAACCAUGCCAGUGGGGGUUAGAAAGAGAGAGAUGGUGAUGGCAGGCAAACACACUGACCACAGUCAUUCAAACCUCAAACCCAUCCACAUGUGUACACAGCUGUGCACCGCCCAGAAAAGCAUUUGGUCCACUUUAUUAUUCAGUUUCAUCAUACAUUCAAAACAAAAUUUGACUGCUAUACAAACGGUAAAUAUACUCACUUGAAUAACAUACUAAGCUACAAUAUUAUUGUAUAAUCUAUACCAGUCACAUAGCCAAAUACUUUUUUGGCUAUUUCUCCUCUCUCUGAGCAAUGGUACUUACUGACACCAGUGAUGGGCUAUUAAGAGACACUCCGUCAGAGACGCUCUGCUCCCUGUGCUAUUCUCACUCAUGCGGAAUGAGCCCUUGUGCAUCCUGUAUAUUUACAGAUCAGCAUAGUGUAUACAAUUACUUUUUAUCUGUCUGUUCAGAUUACACUCGAAAAGUCGGGAUAAUGUAUUAAAUUGGGGUAUAACAUAAUCUUAAACAUCUUUGACAUUGCCAAGUAGAAUAGUGACCUGAGCUUAAUAAAACUGUAAAGAUCACAAUAUUUGUGACUGGAAAAGCUCAAGCUAAUAUUAAAGUGCAGUUAUGUUAAGCUAGAGCCCUGUGAAAUUCUUUUAAUUUUUUUAUCAUUUAAUUUCACAAAUUUCAUUUUAUCCGCUAAAUUUUUUAAAAUGUUGUUUUAUUAGAUACACAUUAAUAAAAUAAUUCAAAUAGAUGUAUAUAAAUAAAAACAAAGUAUACAUGCUGUUUUAACUAUAUACAUAUUUUUAAUUAAACAUUAUCGCUUUUUUUUUUUUACAUUGACAAACAGACCUAGCACAGAAAAAUAAUUGUUACCAUAAUUUCUCAUUAGCGACAGUAACGGUAACGUACGUGAAGUCCCCCACUCUUUAAUUAACUGCCUAUUUACAGUAAAUACUGCCCAUGCCCUCUAUAAAAAUACAUAAGAUAAAAUAAAAAUAUGUAUUUAUAAUGCUCUACUAUUGUGGGGCUGUCAUAAUAAUUGCACAUGCAGCAAUCUACCCAUUAAAAAAACAAUAGGAAUUGUAUUUCAAUCCCAUUGCACUGAAGCAGGGCUCCAGUAUACAAGAAGCUUGGGGUUUCUCAGUAUUUAAACACUAAGCAAAGCAGAUUCAUUCAUUUAAAUUCAUUCAAAACCAAAACAGCACUUGCUCCAGUGCAAAGUUUGCACCACUUGAAAUAAAACAAAGAAUUAGCAUACUAAUACAAAAUACAAGCAAACAAAACAUAUUUUCCACAAAACGGAUAAACAGCUAAUGCUUAACGACGGUAUCUUUUGACCCGUUCCAGCAAAGUUUCCCUUCAGACUGUGUCUAUAGUAACCGCCGAGUCUUGACAACGAUGAUUGCAAGUAUUUUUGGUAUAAACCUCCCAAUUUAAAAAUGUCAUUCUAUGUUUGAUUUAUAACGAUUUGUCGUUUUAUUUUGUUACAUUCCGUGUUUUUUCGUAUUUGUUAAGCCCUGUACACAGCUCUCUGAUAACCCACCUGGUAUAGAAAAGGGCAAUGCCUAUGCCUGGUAACAGUAGGACAGGAGUUGCAUUGGACCUUUUUUUAUUUUACGCAGCAUCCUCCUUCAGUAAACCAUUUGAAGUGCAUUUCAGUAUUUUAACAGUAGGCAGCUUGUACAAUUAAGGAAAACAGAACAGUAAAAAGCUGCAUAGGUAUUAUGCCCCAGAUGUCCAUGGCUUUGCACCUGCACAUUCUGUACCAUAGGGUGUCCCCUUAGUAGAUUACAAUGUUUAGGAGCAAGUCCCAUCAUUUGUCCUUGCAGAGAAGCUUGCUCUCUCUCAGUAGAGUUCCUGUAGAAGUGCACAGCAGAUUGAGCCUUCCAGGUUGAGUUUAAAUAAACGCUGUAGUUCACAAUGUGCUGCUAACUCACUUCAUAUUGCCACUGCUACACUUUUGAAAGCCAGCCUUAAAAGCUCAAUUACUACCAUGUUUUUGUAUUGGUAUGAAGAAAUAUGAAUGUGUCUAGGGGAAAGAUAAAAUGUGUUUAAUUGGGCUCAAAGCUGAGUAAUACAAGUAUUCUUUCCAUUUGUUUUGCCAGUACCCCAAGCUGUGCUUUACACCUGGGAGCUGCCAUUGUUUAGUUCCAAGCAUGGAAAGUAGGGAUGUUUUCACACUGCACACAGUGCAAAACAAUCCAACAACUUUACAUUGGUCUAACUAAGGAGUACUGUGGCACCUAAGCAGGAAUAGAAAUCACUUGGGUGUCCCAAGCUCAGGUUUGUAAUCAUUUCACAGUCAAGCCUGAAAGGGCAGUCUGCUUUGUAUUGUAUAUCUUUUUUUUUUUUUUUUUUUUCCUUCCCAUUACUUUAUUAGUUCAGUUCAUUAGAAACUUACUGUAAGCCCUUGUUCUGUUUGGAGUGAUUGACUUUGCCUUUCUACAGGUAAAAAUGAAGACCCUGUGGUGCAACACAAAAAUCAUAGUUGCAAAAUGAGGUAUAAAUAGUUCUAUUUCUAAUACCCAUUUCUGAAGAUGUAUAUAACAAGUACAUGUUUUAUUGUACAUUUUCCACUUAUCUGACAGAUCUGGAAAAGACACUGAGGAUGAAUCCAAAUGAAAAGUACUUGUUUCCAAAUCAAACAGGUCCUAGUGGAGAGGUGUCUGCCCCCUGCUGGCCUUGAAGGAGUGGCUGUAAAGUCAGACCCGUGGUGCUGUGUUGAAAAGAUGCACUGUGUAGAGACCAUUAAGUAAAGACAUAAGUAAAGUUAUUUUAGGAGUUUUGUCUAGACUUUGUUGUGCUACAGUACAGUUGUUUCUGUAGUUGUACAGUUCUGGAUCGGCUCUAGUUUAGAUUUAUGUUCAUUAUGACAGAGCCACUAAGCAUGUACUCCAGUACAAAGCUUGUACCACCUGUUUCUUGUGUAUCUAUCGUCCAGUUGUCAAACAUGCUAUGGGCAUUCCUUAGCACAGAACUGCUGGAGGCCAUAUCUUGAGAUUUACAUCAGAAUUUCUUGAAACCUUGCAUAGGCAAUAAGUUAUUCCACAUACUGUAAAUAGAGCUCACAGUAUAAUCAGAGUGGUUGUGGCAGUGCUGUUUUCACAUGGAAAGAAUCACUUUAGAGCCCGGUUCAUCAGUAUUGGUUCAGAAUUAUAUGUGCCAUUUUAUUGCAGGACGACGUCCGGUGUGUGGAGACCUUAACAUUAUUUGUGCUGGGGAAGCAAUGUGCGUGUUAUUGUAAUACAUUGGCUGUAAUUUGUUAGAGUGCAAAGGUUUUCCAUCUCUGGAAGUGAACUGUUUAAAGCAAUCUGUUUAAAUUGAAAAGCUGAGCAGGAGGCCUCUCUUAGCUCUUUCUAGGGUCUCUCACCUUGAGUGAUUGAAUCAAAUCCACUGACCACCUGCCUUCCAGAUACCAAGCUAGUGAUUGUGUGCUGAAAUAAUCCUGGUGUUUCUGUAAAGUAUUGGACCUCCUUUCUGUCCCAGGUGACUGUUGAAACACAUUGGCUGGAUUUGGUACUGAACAACUGAGCUAAUGAAAAUGAAGAAAAAAAAGAAAAAAAAAGUUUCCUGACUUGCCUGUGUCCUCCAGAACACAAGGUUAUUUGUUAGACUUGGAGCUGUGUUUCCACUGCCUACAAUGCUGCCCGAGAAACUGUUCUUGCUGAUCAUGAUGAAGCUGGUUCAUUCUGGUCUGUAACUAAAAUACCUGUACAAGAAGCGUUCUCAAUGAAGGCAGACUCGGAGCACUGGUAAAAAACAAGAAUGACGUAUACUAAAUAACACCCAUGUGAUUCUUGAGUAUAUGGAUGAUUUAUGAUUGCUUAAAAUUAUGAAAGACAGGACUAGUGUUAAACAAAUUAGGGAGGCCUGAGCACACUAACAGUAGGCAAUGAAAAUGUAGUUCAAAGCAGUGGCACUCAAACCCAGAUUUUGGUUUUGGUUUUAGGUGUUCAUUGUUUUAGAUCUGUAUGGCUUUUCAGUACACAUAGCACAGGGUCUGGGAGUUGGGAGGUAUGCAGUCCCUUGGUUUAUUUUUAAUUGUGUGGUUCUUUCUGUCCUAUUUCCCAGUGUUCCUCACGCUGGACCACACUAUAGCUGAGCCUUAUUCACUCCAGCUGCACUGCAGCAGUUCCACAGCACAAGGGCUCUUGCUGUGUUGGGUGUAGCCGGUACUCUAAUGUAGCAUGUAUGUAUGUUUUGAACUGUACCGGACUGUAACCGAUGCGGGGCAGAGUCUGUUGAACUGUAUCUAGGCAACUGGAGUUUAUUUAUUUCUAGUAUAUGUAGGUUUAAAACAAGAAAUUACUAAUUGAUUAAAUACUAGUUUGUUUAUUUACAAAUAUUUGUUUGUUUUUUUGUUUAUUAUAAUUAUUAAUGUGCUUGCUUUUUAAUUUAAUAUUUUUUUCUUAUUUAAUAUCUGUCGAUUUGAUACAGUUCUGUUUUAACAUGUUAGGAAUGUAUAUCUUUUUUUUUCUCUCUUUCCUUUUACCUGUAUUGUUCCCAUAGGGUAUUACUUAACUCUGUGUGUUACUAGUAAACUUUUAAGUUUGCCUUGCAAGUAUGUGAAUCAAA